AUGAAUAUCUUGGAGUACAUGUUCGGCAAGCGCAUGACGCCUGCGGAGCGUCUGCGCAAGAACCAGCGUAUGCUGGAUAAGGCGAUCCGUGAAUUGGACCAGGUCCGCGUCAAGUUGGAAAAGCAGGAGAAGCAGUUGAUCACACAGAUCAAGCAGAGCGCCCAGAAGGGACAAAUGGGCGCUUGCAAGAUCCAGGCCAAGGAUCUGGUCCGGACACGGAGAUACAUUGAGAAGUUCUACGGCAUGCGCAGCCAACUGCAGAAGAUCUCGCUCCGGCUUCAGACAUACCGCACCAACGAACAGAUGAUGACGGCCAUGAAGGGUGCGACCCAGGCCUUGGGAACGAUGAACCGAUCGAUGAACCUCCCCGCUCUCCAGCGCAUCGCCAUGGAGUUCGAACGCGAGAACGACAUUAUGGAUCAGAGGCAAGAGAUGAUGGACGAUGUCAUGGACGAUGCCAUGGACGUCGGCGCCGAUGAGGAAGGCGAAGAGGUUGUGGAGCAGGUAUUGGAGGAGAUUGGAGUCGAUUUGACGUCGGCGCUUGGAGAAACACCGUCUGGAAUGCAGACGGCGGCGGUUCCGGAGAGCCGAGUUGCUCAAGCGGUUGGCGGAGGUGGAGGUGGGGAUCCCGGCGACGACGCCCUCCAGGCCCGCCUUGACAGCCUUCGACGGUAG